CGCACGGCCGGGGGACUUCUCCCGGGGCGGGGCUGCGUGUUGACGACACACGCCGGGGCGGGGCCGAGAGUUUGGUGCCUUGGAGUGGGGUUUCGGAGCCUCAUUCGGGUGGAGCUGAGUCGGAGGAAGGCGGCCGUGAGGAACUUCUGGACAAGAAUGUUUCACUUAAGGACUUGUGCGGCCACAUUGAGGCCGCUGACAGCCUCCCAGACUGUUAGGACGUUUUCCUGGAACAGAGUAGCGGCCUCCAGGACGUUUGGGCACAUCCGGUGCUACACAGCACCGGUGGCCGCAGAGCCCUUCCUGAGUGGGACGAGCUCCAACUACGUGGAGGAGAUGUACUACGCCUGGCUGGAGAACCCCAAGAGUGUUCACAAGUCAUGGGACAUCUUUUUCCGGAACACCAAUGCCGGGGCGCCCCCGGGCACCGCCUACCAGAGCCCGCUCCCCCUGAGCCCGGGUGCCCUGUUUUCCACGGCCCGCGCGCAGCCCCUGGUGGAUGCACAGCCCAAUGUGGACAAGCUGGUGGAGGACCACCUGGCGGUACAGUCGCUCAUCAGGGCCUACCAGAUACGAGGGCACCAUGUAGCACAGCUGGACCCCCUGGGAAUUUUGGAUGCUGAUCUGGACUCGUCCGUGCCCGCUGACAUUAUCUCAUCCACAGACAAACUUGACCUUGCCGUUUUCCAGGACCGACUGCGAAUGCUAACAGUAGGAGGGUUCUACGGCCUGGACGAGUCUGAUCUGGACAAGGUCUUCCACCUGCCGACCACCACGUUCAUCGGCGGGCAGGAGUCAGCGCUUCCUCUGCGGGAGAUCAUCCGGCGGCUGGAGAUGGCCUACUGUCAGCACAUUGGGGUGGAGUUCAUGUUCAUCAACGACCUGGAGCAGUGCCAGUGGAUCCGGCAGAAGUUUGAGACACCCGGGAUCAUGCAGUUCACCAAUGAGGAGAAGCGGACCCUGCUGGCCAGGCUCGUGCGGUCCACCAGGUUCGAGGAGUUCCUGCAGCGGAAGUGGUCGUCUGAGAAGCGCUUUGGCCUGGAAGGCUGCGAAGUGCUGAUCCCCGCGCUCAAGACCAUCAUCGACAAGUCUAGUGAGAACGGCGUGGACUACGUGAUCAUGGGCAUGCCGCACAGGGGGAGGCUGAACGUGCUCGCCAAUGUCAUCAGGAAGGAGCUGGAGCAGAUUUUCUGUCAGUUCGAUUCCAAGCUAGAGGCAGCUGAUGAGGGCUCUGGGGACGUGAAGUACCACCUGGGCAUGUACCACCGGCGGAUCAACCGUGUGACCGACAGGAACAUCACCCUGUCGCUGGUGGCGAACCCUUCCCACCUCGAGGCUGCCGACCCCGUGGUGAUGGGCAAGACAAAAGCCGAGCAGUUUUACUGCGGGGACACCGAGGGGAAGAAGGUCAUGUCCAUCCUCCUGCAUGGGGACGCGGCGUUUGCCGGCCAGGGCAUCGUGUACGAGACCUUCCACCUGAGUGACCUGCCAUCCUACACGACUCACGGCACCGUGCAUGUCGUUGUCAACAACCAGAUCGGCUUCACCACAGACCCGCGCAUGGCUCGCUCCUCGCCCUACCCCACCGACGUUGCCCGCGUGGUGAAUGCCCCCAUUUUUCACGUGAACUCGGACGACCCCGAGGCCGUCAUGUACGUGUGCAAGGUGGCUGCUGAAUGGAGGAAUACCUUCCACAAGGACGUGGUGGUGGACCUGGUGUGUUACCGGCGCAACGGCCACAACGAGAUGGACGAGCCCAUGUUCACGCAGCCGCUCAUGUACAAGCAGAUCCGUAAGCAGAAGCCGGUGCUGCAGAAGUAUGCGGAGCUGCUGGUGUCGCAGGGCGUCGUCAACCAGCCGGAGUACGAGGAGGAGAUCUCCAAGUAUGACAAGAUCUGCGAGGAGGCCUUCGCCAGAUCCAAGGACGAGAAGAUCCUGCACAUCAAGCACUGGCUGGACUCCCCCUGGCCUGGCUUCUUCACCUUGGAUGGGCAGCCCAGGAGCAUGUCCUGCCCCUCCACGGGCCUGACAGAGGAUGUCCUGAUGCAUAUUGGGAACGUAGCCAGCUCCGUGCCUGUGGAGAACUUCACCAUUCAUGGAGGGCUGAGCCGCAUCUUGAAAACCCGCGGGGAGAUGGUGAAGAACAGGACCGUGGACUGGGCUCUGGCGGAGUACAUGGCUUUCGGCUCGCUCCUGAAGGAGGGCAUCCAUAUCCGGCUAAGCGGCCAGGACGUGGAGCGGGGCACUUUCAGCCACCGCCACCAUGUGCUGCACGACCAGAACGUGGACAAGAAAACCUGCAUCCCCAUGAACCACCUGUGGCCCAACCAGGCGCCCUACACCGUGUGCAACAGCUCACUGUCUGAAUACGGGGUCCUGGGCUUUGAGCUGGGCUUCGCCAUGGCCAGCCCCAACGCCCUGGUGCUCUGGGAGGCUCAGUUUGGCGACUUCCACAACACGGCCCAGUGCAUCAUCGACCAGUUCAUCAGCCCCGGACAAGCCAAGUGGGUGCGACAGAACGGCAUCGUGCUGCUGCUGCCCCACGGCAUGGAGGGCAUGGGCCCAGAGCAUUCCUCCGCCAGGCCGGAGCGUUUCCUGCAGAUGUGCAAUGACGACCCAGACGUCCUGCCGGACCUCAAUGAAGCCAACUUCGAUAUAAACCAGCUGUACGACUGCAACUGGGUGGUUGUCAACUGCUCCACGCCUGGCAACUUCUUCCAUGUGCUGCGUCGCCAGAUUCUCCUGCCCUUCCGGAAGCCAUUAAUCAUCUUCACCCCCAAGUCCCUGCUGCGGCACCCUGAGGCCAGGACCAGCUUCGAUGAGAUGCUUCCAGGGACCCACUUCCAGCGGGUGAUCCCAGAAGAUGGCCCUGCAUCCCAGAACCCAGAAAACGUCAAGAGACUUCUCUUCUGCACCGGCAAGGUGUACUAUGACCUCACCCGAGAACGCAAAACGCGGGACAUGGUAGAGCAGGUGGCCAUCACCAGGAUCGAGCAGCUGUCGCCGUUUCCCUUCGACCUGCUGCUGCAAGAGGUGCAGAAGUACCCCAAUGCCGAGCUGGCCUGGUGCCAGGAGGAGCACAAGAACCAAGGCUAUUAUGACUACGUGAAGCCCCGGCUGCGGACAACCAUCAACCGCGCCAAGCCCGUGUGGUAUGCUGGUCGGGACCCUGCAGCGGCUCCAGCCACCGGGAACAAGAAGACCCACCUGACGGAGCUGCAGCGUCUGCUGGACAUGGCCUUUGACCUGGAAGCCUUCAAGAACUUCUCGUAGAUGCUGCCGGCCGCUUAGGUCGCUGCCUCCAUGUCCACUGCCCUCGCUUCUCUACUAAAGAAUAGUGCCUCAGCGCUGCCCUCACCCCUGCCUGCCCGCCACACACACACCGUCCUCACUCACCUGGGAUUAGGCUGUGACCUCUCACGUGCUUGGCUGCCCCCCAGGCAGAAGCUGCCAGACUCUGACUUCCAUCUGGUGGAGGCGUGUGGGGGGUGGGGGCCCACAGGUUUCCUGGGAGGGUCAGCUCUGCCUCAGCCCACCUUCACCCCAAGGACCUACCUGAUGGGCUUAUCGUCCAGCAAGGGGUCCUGCACCCCUCGGUCACCAGGGCAGAGCCUCAGUCACUGGGGAGGAGCCAGCGCCAUCAGAGGCUUGUGGGGUGGGAGGGGCUGGCAGGGCCUCACUCCUCCAAGCACCGCCAGCGGCACCGCCGAGGUGGGGCUGACAGGACACGGCCUGAGCCUGCCCGGGCUCAGAGAGGGCAGGUCCGCUCUCUGCAGUGUCCCCUUCCGCCUCUCAGGAGGGUCCCAGGCCAUGCGUGGGGGCCACGGGCUGUGUGGUCAGGAAGCGGCACUCGGCCCCAUGGCCAGGACACAGCAGUUGGUCUGGGCCCUGCUCCCCGGUCACCUCCACCUCGGCCUGCCUUCCAGCCCACUUUCCUGUGUCCCUUCCACACAGUGGACACUGGAGCACUUGUCUCUGCUGUGCCACGGCCGGCCAGGACAGGAGAGGAGGGGCAGGCGGAGGAGCAGCCUCCCCCAUCGGUCACAGGGACGUACCCAGUCUAUUUAUUUUGGUUAAAAGAAAAGUGAAAACGACUUUGCAUUGCAUUCGGCUUGCCCCAUAAACUGAGUUAUCUGCGGGCCUGUGUACGUGCCAUCUUUCUGCUCCCUUCUCCCGGGAAGCAGCCCCUCGCUGCUCUGCCGGCCUGUCCUGCUGACCUCCUGUCGUUGAUGCAGGCUGUGUGUCCGGUGUACCUUCUCAGCCUCCCUGCUCCACUGAGAAGGACUCGUCUGUGCUUGGCCUGGUGUGCCUGGUGGGUCCCCAGGACAUCCGCCGUUAGUGAGCCAGCCAUACCAGCAGCGCCCCACGGCCCUAGUGUCCCCUCUGAACAGGAGUCCCACUGUUUGAGCCCACAAUGUCCCAGCCUUAGUCUUCUGUGGGAGGGGUCCCAGCACAGAGGGAGAGCUCAGGGAAAGAGCUAGGUGUGGACAUGGGCUACCCUCCAGGAGCAGGGCCCCUGGUGGUCACUCCGUUCUCUAGGCCACACCUAGGUCCCUUGUCCUGUGUGCUCCCUGUGGCUUGUCCGAGGGUCCUCCAGUCCUGAGGGGACAGCAGCCGUGCAGGCGGAGCCUCCCGUGUAGGGCCAGGACCACACACCCUCCCUGAGUCAUGUGACAGCUGUGCUUUCGGGCCAAGAGGCCAAGGUGAGGCAGACUCCUGGCGCUGUCACUACUUCCAGUGUGUGGGGUCAGGGCGGAGCCAGGCAUCCUCCCGGGCAGGGGCCACAGAUGGCCUGGGUCUUGCAAGGGCCUCUCCCACUCAGAGCUCUGGAUCUGCCAGCCUGCCCACCUGCCAGGAGAAGGAAGGGGCUCAUGGGCCCUGGGGAGCCAGGCGCCCCAGAUUAGCUGUGUUCUGCUUGCGUUCUCAGCGGUCUGCUUCCUGAAACAGAAAGAGCUUGUGUGCCAAGGAGGAGGCUUCCUAGUCUAGGGGCUCCAUGUGCUUAGAUGUACUUGAGGGGCCCAGAGCCGUGUGCGUGUGUGGGUGUGUGCACACAAGUGUGCAUGGGACGGCUGACCAGGUUCCUGGGCUCUUCUGGAUAUGAAGGCCCUCGCGACACCUCCCCAGCCAUGAAAGCCUGGGCAGAGGUUCAACCUGCUGCUCCCAAGGGGCCAAGCCUGAGGACCUUGCAGCCCCCAGGAGUGACAUGUGUGCCCCAGGAACAUGCUGACCAAGGAGCCCAGGACACGGCACAGGUGACCAAGGCCUCGUCCACGGGGCACAGGGUCAAGUGUCUGCCUACUGCGAUUCCAUCUUAGAGGGAAUUGGAGUCAGUGUCAGACUAUUUCUGCCCUGAAUUAGGGGAGUGAGCUCCCUGUCCCCGUCAUAUUCAAUUGGGACUGGACUCCAGAGAAACUGGAAAACCCUCAGAGCUAGUCCUACGUCUCAGAUUUCCCACCACGGCUGCCCUCGGAUCUGCAGCUUGCAUCCUGAAAUGAGGCGCUGAGCGAGCUCCUGUUCCCCCCAGGGCCGCCCCUCCCCCACACUGACACCACCUGCAUCCCUUCCCCGCCUCCCUCCCUCAGGGCCGUUUGUAAUUGAGCUCCGAUUGACAUGUAUUAGUUUCAGGUGCACAACAAUAAUUCAGUGUCCUAUAAAUUGUGAAAUGAUCACAGUGAGUAGUUAACGUUUGUCACCUCACACGUUUUUCCUGAUAAAAGCUUUUAAGAGCCACUCUCAGCAACUUCGAAAUAAUGAGACAGCCUUAACUACAGUGGCCAUGCUGUGCACCACACCCCAGCUCUCAAGUUACCAGUGAAGUUGGUUCCCUUAUGCCCCUCCCUCCAGGCCUUCACUGGCUCUCCUUUCCUCUUCCCCACCCCCCACUAGCCUCCAUCCCUGCCUGCCUGGGUCGCGCAGAGGCUGGGACAGCCAGCCUGCUCUGGCACCCUCCUCUUCCUACCCCACACCUGCUGGAGUGGGCUAGGCUGGUGGAGACCUGCCUCCCCAGCCUAGGGUCCCCCUGCCCUCCACUCUGCUCUGACCCAGGGACUGCACCGGCGGAGAAGUCUGCAGAGUAGCCCAGGCCCAGGAGACUCAGUGGCUGCCCUGACCCUGGUCACCUAAGGGAGCUCCAGGCCCUCUCCAUUCAUGACUUGGGGCUCAGAUUUCUUGGCGGUCCUCCACUACCCUAGCCUGAAGCGUAGCCUUAAGAAGAACCUCGGGCAGCUGGUUGGCUCAAUUGGUUAGAACGUGGUGCUGGUAACACCAAGGUUGCCAGGUUCAAUCACCCGCAUCGGCCACUGUGAGCUGCACCCCCCUUAAACAAACAAAAAGCUUUCAGAAGACUCGAGGAGGAAAAUUCUAUUUAACAAUUUUUGCUUUCGGUAUUAUUUUCCCUUCCUGGUUCUUCUAAGAUGUUUUUUUCUUAUUUUAAAUCAUUUCCUUUCUGUUCAGAGAAGUGCUUUUAGCUGUUCUCUUAGGGUAGGUCUGCUGGUGACAAAUGCUCUUAGCUUUCCUACAUCUGAGAAUGUUUUCACUGCAUCUUAACUCCUCGGGGAUACUUGCUGGACGCCAGUUUCUGGGCUGACAGAUGUUUUCUUUCAGCACUUGAAAAACGUUGCACCCUUCCUUCUGGCUUUGGUUUCUGAUGAGAAAUCCUCUCAUAUGAAUUGUUCUGCUACUUUGAACAAUUUUUAUUUGCUUUAGGUUUUAGAAGUUUACGAUAUGCCUUGGCAUUGGUUUCUUUGGGUUUAUCACUGGGAUUUGCUCACCUUGAAUCUGUAGGUUUAUGCCUUCUGUCAUAUUUGGGACAGUUUCAGCCAUUAUUUGAAUACUUUUUCAAUUGCCCUCUUUCUCCUCUCCAUGUAGGACUGGAUGAACAGGAUUUGACGUAUCUUUUGUUCAGGUCAACAGGUCCCUGAAGCGCUGUUUUGUUUUUUUCUGUCAAUUUUCUCUGUUGUUCAGGGUAAUGCCUGUUGUUCUUUCUUCCAGCUCCUGAUCCUCUGCCUUCUCCAUUCUGCCAUCGAGCCUAUCCAGUAAGCUUUUAAAUUUCAGUUAUUACUUCUUCACUUCUAAAUUUUCCAUUUGCUGCUGCUUUACAUCUUCUAUUUAUUGAGGCUUUCUAUUUUUAAAACUUGUUUCAAGAGUGUUCAUAAUUGCUUAUUGAAGCAUUUUUGCAAUGGCUGCUUUAAAAUCUUUGUCAGAUAAUUCUAACAUCUCUAUCAUCUCGGUGUUAGCAUCUAUUGAUUGUCUUCUUAAAUUUAGUUUGAUAUCUUCCAGUCUUCAUAUGACACGAGAUUUUUUUAUUGAAAACUGGACUUUUUAAGAAUUUUGAAACUCUAGAUCUCAUUGAAAGCUUUUCUUUUAAAUGGCUUCUUACACCACUUCAGCAGGAGAUGGGAGAGCACCUUCUCAUUACUGCCAGGUAGGCGUUCCCCACUGGGCCUCCAGUGACACGCUGUGGGCAGGUCUCCUUGUUACUGCUGGGAGGAGGGUGUAGCUGCUGUCCCCACUGGGCCUCCACUUUCAUCCCUCUGCAUGGGAGGGGUAUGAGCAUCUUGCCAUUGUACCCACGUGGUUGCCCCCACUGAUACUUCUUUUACCACUGAGGGUGGUCAGAGUCCUCCUCUGACAUCACCCCAGUGUGGGGAGCUGGCGGCCACAUUAAAGCCAGCUGAGGGUGGAGGCUCCCCACUCAGGCCUUGCUUGGGAGGAGAGAGGCGGCAUCACAGUGUUUCCUGUUGUGUUGGCCAGGGUAGGGUUGUUAUUGUCUAAAAGUUUUCUGUCCCACUAGGCUGCCCCUUUCUUGGUCCUCUGUCCAGAGAGCUGACUUCCUUGGUCAGCACCUGUUGGCAUUUCUGGGUUGCCAGCUCGUUCAGCACCCAUUCUGGGGUAUAAGAGGGAAAAGAAACCUCAGGGAAGUUACUGCUGCGUUGUGCCUUGGGUCCCGAGGUCCCUCGUCAGUCUGCCUUUUUUUCUUUCCUCUUUUCAGGGACUUCCUAUGUUUUAUUUAUAUAUAAUUUCUAGGGUUUUAGUUACACUUAGCAGGAUGAAUAGGAAAAAGUACAUCUGUUCCAUCUUCCUGGAAGCAGAAAUCUCCUUCAAUAAUUUUUAAGAAUACAAAGUCCUAA